AAAGGACACCUCUCUCGUGAAUUCGGCUCUCAUAAGGUCUCCAUCUCUCUCUUUCGCAUGUUCGAGUAGCAUUCUCUCUUGUAUUCGGUUCUCUGCAGCAUUUCUCAAGCUCAGAGUGUUGGAGUAAAAGCCCAUGAAUUUUUCGAAAUCUCCCCUCUUCUCCAUUAUUCAGGGUUUUAAGACCUUCCCUGAAAUUCAGGUUUUUCUCCUUUACUACUUUUGCUGGUGAGUCUGGGAGAAUUGGAAUUUUCUUAGGUCUGAGCUUUCCUACAGUGACGGCCGUUCUUUUGAAAAUAACAAAAGAGGUGAGGAAGUGGCUCAUAUUGUUGGAGAAAGACUGACGAAUCUCCACCGUCCAUUGUUUGAGAAGAAAGGCAGAUGCCCCAUGAUAAAUUGGGAACUGGCUAUUCUGUCUAAUAAUUCCUCGUGGGAUUGAAUACAAUCAAUGAGCCCCCAUAACAAGAAGGAAAUGUUUUGAGCGUGGUUUUGAUCAAUGGGGACGAGAGAGGUUUACGAGGAGAAGCUUCGAUCGGGGAAUUUGUAUCAUCAGCCUACCAUUAAUCCAGGCCUUGGCUCUGCUCGUUGCCCCCGCUGUUUGUCUCUCAUAAACCCUAAUUCUGCAAAUGCUGAAUGGGCCAUAACAACUGUUUUGGAUGAUGUAGCAGCAGUGGCUGGUUCAGGAGCUGGAGGACUGCUAAGUGCUGUUCACGGUUUCAAUACAGGUUUGAGAUUUAUACGGAAUCAUGUUAAGGGACCCAUGUGGCUACAUUUACUCAUUGGGCUCCCUCCUAUCCUUUGUUGGUCUGCUGCUGGUGCUGCAUUAGGAGGGUUUGCUACACCAAAAUUUGCACAGCUGUAUGUGACUUCAUAUUAUGCAGCAUCGGGGGCUUCGCAUUAUGCAAUAUCUCAGAUUACGAGGCGGAUAGAGCGAGUAGAUUCGUAACGAAACCAACAUGAAAACAGGGCUUGAGGAUUCACAAAGUUAAAAUUAUUAUCCAAAUGAUUAUGAUGUACUUUUUCCUUUGAUGUUUCUUUUUUUUUCUUUUUUUUGUAAUUUAAUGAGAACGAGCUGUAUGCGAUAUUUUUUCAUAUAUGGAAAGGUUUUUAAUUAA